AUGACCCGACGUGCGACAUCCCCGCUCGAAGACUCCCAGUUGUUGACUGAGAGCCCGGCACCCACCCCUAAGCCAGAUAACAAGUCAUACUGGCCAACUAUCGGAAGCAAAGAGCAGAUUCCAGGAUGGCUCCGUGAUAAUGAUUAUAUUUUGGAGGGCCAUCCGAUGCCCACAUAUUCUUACAAACGAUCUUUACGGCUGUGGCGUUGUUUACACAUGGAAACAAUGAACAUUUGGACCCAUCUUCUUGGCUCGAUAGUUUUCAUCGCUGUUGCUUUAACCCUGAAACACUGCGUCUCGCUCUCAAAAGACCUCAAUUCCACCCGCGGCGAUGUAUUUGCUUUCGGGUCCUUCUUGACCUCGGCAACCAUCUGCUUUGGGCUCAGCGCUGGAUUUCACACCCUGAGAAGCCACUCUUACAAUAUCCACCCUCUCUGGGGCAAAAUGGAUAUCCUCGGCAUUUGUUUCCUUGCCCUUGGAGCCGGUACCUCUAUGACAUAUUACGCAUUUUAUUGCAGACCCUUCCUCCAGUGGGUGUAUUGGGGUCUAAAUCUCUUCUCGGCAAUUGGCGCUGCCAUCACUUUGUUUGACACAGGCGGUGGUGGCAACAAAAUGAGGACUCUACGAGGAGGUGUCUUCUCCUUGCUCGCUAUCUCUGCCAUGCUGCCUAUCCUCCAAAAAGUGAUUGAGUUGGGCUGGACUCGUGCGAGUAAUGAAAUCGGGGCUGGGUGGUAUCUCGCAGGAGCGCUCUCCCUCUUGGCCGGAGUGAGUGCUUUUGUCUUACGAUUCCCAGAGAGACUGAGUCCCGGGACAUUUGAUAUUUGGGGUCAUUCGCAUCAGCUUUGGCAUACAUUUGCUGUGCUUGGCGGCGCUUUUCACGUUGUCGCUUUGGUGGCUGCAUACGACUACCGUCGGACACACGAAAUCUGUUGA